AUGGACGACGUUCCUUUUGACGAACUUCCUCACGAUGACUAUGGCCCGUGGAUGCUUGCGAUUAUUUGGGGGCUUGGGGCCAUAGCUGGGGGCUUCAUGGGAUUACGACUUUACUGCAAGUUAACGCGACAACGAGGUUUAUGGUAUGAUGACUACUACAUGAUAGCAGCUUUGCUUGCAUACAUAACGUUCGGCGUCUUCAUCUCGAUCGACGUGUCAUACGACUUUGGCAAGCAUAAUUGGGACAUCACGCCAGGCAACUGGUCUUGGCUCCUCCUCCACGCCAAUCUGUCUGGGUCCUUCUCCAUCAUUGCGGCAUGCUGGAGCAAGACGUCUUUCGCACUGACGCUGUUGCGCAUUGCGAAUGAGCGAUGGAUGAAGUACUUGAUCUGGUUCAUCAUGAUCUCGGUCAACAUCGCGCUUGGUCUCAACGUGCUGUUCACCUGGAUCCAAUGCACGCCUGUCGAGAAGACAUGGAGAACGGCUUCGACCCCCGGGACGUGUUGGGACAAGAGCAUCCCGAUGAACUACAACACAUUCACGGCAUCAUACUCUGGCGCCAUGGACAUUGUGCUUGCAAUUCUUCCGUGGAAGAUAAUCUGGGGCCUCUCUAUGACGAAGAAGGAGAAGUUCGGUGUUUCGCUCGCGAUGAGCAUGGGUGUCUUCGCUGGCAUUGUUUCAUUUAUCAAAAUCAAGACGAUCACGGCCAUCGGGGCCUUCGACAUCAUUGACACAGUCGAGCUUGUAAUAUGGGGCGCUGCAGAGAGUGCCGUCACCAUCAUCGCCGCAUCAAUACCAAUCCUUCGAGCGCUGUUCCGCGACUACAAGCCGCCGCCGGCUCGCUUCAUCAGCGACGAGGAGUCGAUGCUUCGUCGGCUGGGUGAGGCAUCAGAGCCUUGGUUCUAG